ACAAACAAUCCACGCUUGUGGGGAAGCAUCACAACAACUGGUAAUACACCGAAAGAAAUUACAAAUCAGCUACGGUAGGCACACCAUAAAUACCGAUCGAUUAAGGGGUAUCAACGCUAAGUCCAAGCCAAAUAUGUCAGCAGAGGUGGAGACUGUCACAGCGGCUGAUAAAUUUGCAGCGAACGCUGAGGAAUUGGAAAACUAUUAUUUAAUGCUUGAAUCUGGCAAUAUACCAGAACUGCAAUGGCAAUUCCCUGGAAGACGACCGCUCUCCCCAGACGCCAAUGCCGGUGGUAACCACAAGGAGUUGGAAGCCGCCACCGAGGCCGUCGAGCAAGAGCCACAAAAGGCAAACGAUUUCGAUUUCAGUGACGAUGUGGCACCCACUCAAAUGCGCGUUCGAAGCCAAACCUCGACGCCAAAAUCGGCCAAGAAAAAGACGGCAAACUUUGCUGGCGUUAUGGAGACACUGAAAAAGAAGAAAACUGAGGGCUCAUAGUGGAGGUGGCCGCGACCCUAAUUUAUUUGUUUUUGCCGUUCCGACAAAUCACGAAGAUUUCAGAUUGGUCCUCUUGCCAGGGCAAGCUCAACUUAUAUUGCCAAUUAUAAUAUACUUAAUGUUUUUGUUUUCAAAAACCUUUCGCUUCUGGCAGAUGGCAGAUGGAUUAUUCAAAAUGUUCUUCGAAACUUACCGUUUUUGUUUUUAUAAUAUGAUUUUACUUCUUCUUCGGUGCACUUGUAGCGUUUCCUUAUAAGAUUUUGAGAUUUUCUGUAUAUAGAUUUGCAAUAUGCAAUUUUAACUUUUAAAUGGUGACAAAAAAAUGACAAUAGUUUUUAAAAAUGUGUAAUCAAUGUCAACUAAUUUUGUAGUAUAUGUUUUCCCUGUAUAUUUCUAAAAUCCAAAAAUAUACCACUUAAUAUCAUAUA